GAAAUAUUCCACCAGAAAAAAGAAAGAUGGGUUCCAUUGCAGCUAUUCAGUGUGCCCUUACAGCAAUUCUUCUUGUUUCCACCACCGUUAGUUCUGAUGAUAAAAGUCCGAUACCUGCCGAUCCAUCGAGCCUAAACACAUGGUUUCAAGACAAUGUCAAGCCCCUGGCAGACCGUAAGGGCACCAUAGACCCUGCCCUCGAAGCGGCCGAGGCCAAACCAAGAACCAUCAAGGUUCGACAAGAUGGAAGUGGAGAAUUCAAAACCUUGAAGGAUGCCAUUAACAGCAUUCCAACAGGGAACACAGAACGAGUGAUUGUGGAUAUUGGACCUGGAGAGUACAUUGAAAAACUCAAAAUCGAACGUAGCAAACCUUUUGUUACAUUCUUGGGAUCGCCUAGUAACAAGCCAACCUUGUCAUUUGACGGCACGGCAAAAGAAUAUGGAACUGUUUACAGUGCUACCUUGGAAGCUGAGGCUGAUUACUUUGUGGCUGCUAAUAUCAUUUUUAAGAAUUCUGCGCCGAGGCCAAAUGGGGAAUUGAAAGGAGAACAAGCAGUUGCUCUGAGGAUUUCUGGGGACAAGUCUGCUUUCUAUAACUGCAGAUUAAUUGGAUUUCAAGACACAUUGUGUGAUGACAAGGGACGGCAUCUCUUCAAGGAUUGUUAUAUUGAAGGCACCGUUGAUUACAUUUUUGGAAGCGGAAAGUCCUUGUAUUUGGGAACAGAGUUACAUGUGAUUGGUGAUGAAAAUGGGAAUUUCAUCACUGCCCAUGCAAGAAACAGCGAGGCAGAAGAUACUGGAUUUUCGUUCGUGCAUUGUAAAGUAGAUGGCACUGGCGCCAAGGGGGCGUAUUUGGGACGAGCAUGGCAGGCAAGGCCACGAGUGGUCUUCUCAUACACUACCAUGAGCAGUGUUGUUAAUCCUGAGGGAUGGUCCAAUAAUUUCCACCCUGAACGAGACCAGACUGCUUUAUUUGGAGAAUACAAGUGCGAGGGGGAAGGAGCUAACCCCGCAGGCCGCGCUAAAGCGACCAAGCAGCUAACACCUGAUCAAGCAGCUCCCUUCAUUUCUCUUGGCUUCAUUGAAGGUUCCAAAUGGCUGCUUCAUCCUCCAAAUUAAUUUUGGAUGUAAAUCAAAAAUCAUUAUCCUUAGGCAUAUAGAAAUAGAGAUGCUGAAUAAUUGUUAACCAUAUAUAGAGCAGUAAAAUCCAUCUUGUGGAAAAAUAAAUCAAUAUGCAGAGAAACCAAAUGAAGGAAAUUGGAUUCUCUCGUGUUCAUGUUCUUACAAAUACCAUAUAUAUAUAUUAAUCGACAAGAAGGAAGGCCAGGCUUGAAGACUAAAUCGACUACAACAGCAACGUUGAGGUGGCUAACAUGAUCGCCUGAGCAGACAUGAAAAAUUGGAAGGCUGAGUCUCCCAAAUGGAAGACUCGAAUCUGUAACUUUUUUAUUUGAUGACAGGCGAGAUAUCGAAUGUGUAACUUUGCUAGCAAUUUGACCAAGUCUUUAAUGGUUAGAGCCACAAUUUUCUUAAUACUAUAAAAAAAACUUGUUAUCAUAA